CCAAAAGAGUGAAAUGCAAAUUGAGAAAUUUUAUGCUUUAAUCUGUUAUCUUUCAAGAAGAAGAUGGUUAGCCUAAUACAUUAUUUGGUUGUGCAGAGAUUCAUCCCAGCGGAGUUUGGUGUAGAUCCUGAGAAGGUUCACUUCCCAGAUCCAGCUGGAAAUUUCUAUAUAAGAAAAGCUCACAAUCGACAUGUGAUAAAGAAGGAGGGCAUUCCUCACACUUUUGUGUCGUGCAACUACUUUGCCGGAUUUUUGCUUCCUCAACUGGCUCAACCUGAUCUUAAAGCUCCACCUAGGGAUAAUAUCAUGAUAUUUGGAGAUGGAAAUAGAAAAGCUGUGUUUGUCAAAGAAGAAGAUGUUGCAACCUUCACGAUUAAGGCUGUGGAUGAUCCGAGGACAUUAAACAAGGUUAUGUACAUGAGACCACCAGGUAACAUGUACUCACUGAAUGAGCUUGUUGAACUGUGGGAGAAGAAGGUCGGCAAGAGUCUUGAGAAGUUUUAUAUACCAGAAGAACAAGUCCUCCAAAGUAUCCAAGCUGCAGAAAAUCCAUUUCCAAACAAUCUAUUCAUGUUGUUUGUUUACUCGACAUUCGUAAGAGGUGAUCAUACAAAUUUUGAGAUUAUUCCUUCUGACGUGGAGUCUACCCAGCUUUAUCCAGAUGUAAAAUACACCACAAUUGAUGAGUAUCUUGAUGGUCUACUCUAUGUUUUUAUUUUGAAAUUAUUCUCUUUCAUAUGUAUUCAUAUGAAUAUAAAAACGGCUACUUUAAUCAACUUUGUCACUAUUAUUCUUGGUUGCUUGGUUUUGUUGUGUUGUGUUUCUAAAAACAUAUGGGUACUGUUUAGUUUGCUUUCUGCGUUUAGAAUAUUGGAUUAUGUUAAGGGUAGAAUUAUCUGA